AUGCUGUCCAGGGCAAACUUGAAUCGUUUCGCAGUUCACCUGCUGACCACAUCUAGCCGUGCCGCAGGAACAGCGGCAAGUGCCACCGCUAAAGCACCACACGUUUCAUCUGGCAGUGAUGGUUACAAGUUUGACAAUGCCCGAUUUGGAAAGAACAUCGUUCUCGUUGAGGGCGUCAGAACGCCGUUCACCUUGUCCAGCACCGACUACAACAAUUUAAUGGGCUACGAGCUGCAACGUGAUGCACUGGUUGGCCUCUUGAAGCGAGUCAACAUCCCCAAAGAGGCAAUCGACUAUGUCAUAUGCGGCACAGUUAUUCCCGAAGCAUCCACUCCAAACAUUGCCCGAGAGGCAGUUUUGGCCGCUGGACUUCCGCUAAACCUUCCGGCGAACACUGUCACUCAGGCUUGCGUCUCUGCAAACCAGGCAAUAUCUAGUGCAAUUGGCUACAUCAACUCGGGCACCUAUGACGUGGUCGUUGCUGGAGGUGUUGAGACGAUGAGCGACGUGCCCAUUCGGCAUUCGAGAAAGAUGCGUCGAAUGUUGCUAAAGCUAAACAAGGCCAAAACUACCAAAGACCGACUGAGCAUACUGAAGGAGAUUCGACCAGACUAUUUUGCUCCGGAACUUCCAUCUAUCAGCGAAUUUUUCACCGGCGAGCAAAUGGGCCAGUCAAAUGAUCGUCUUUCUGCCUCUUUCAAGGUGUCGCGCCGGGAACAGGACGAGUAUGCCCUUCGCUCCCACUCUCUGGCCGAUAAAGCAUUCAAAGAGGGAAAACUGUCCGACAUUGAGCCCACUUUUGUUCCGGGCAAAGGCCUCAUCACUCGCGACAAUGGCAUUCGUCCUUCGACCUAUGAAAAGGUUAGCAGUCUCAAGCCGGCCUUCAUCAAGCCUCAUGGCACUGCAACGGCGGCCAACUCCAGCUUUCUGACGGACGGUGCCACGGCUUGUCUGAUCACCACCGAGGAAAGAGCAUUAGAGCUGGGCCUCAAGCCCAAAGCUUACCUUCGGCAGCACAUGUACGUGUCGCAGGACCCCAAGGAUCAACUGCUGCUCGGGCCAGCGUACGUCACUGCUCAACUUCUACAAAGAGCCAAUUUAAACGUAAAGGACAUUGACGUUUGGGAGUUUCACGAAGCUUUUGCCGGACAGAUUCUUGCCAACCUCAAAGCGUUAGACUGUGACUUUUUUGCAAAAACAUUCAUGAAGCGCUCUGAAAAGGUGGGCGCGCCCAGCAUGGACAAGUUUAACACCUGGGGAGGUUCGCUUUCCAUUGGUCAUCCAUUUGGUGCCACUGGUGUGCGACUAGUGACGACGGCAGCCAAUCGUCUGAUUGCCGAGAAUGGUCGACUUGCUUUUGUUGCAGCAUGUGCUGCCGGUGGAAUUGGUCACGGAAUCAUUGUUGAGAGAUAUCCCUAA